UCAGAGCGGAACUGAGCACUAGGGCCGUUUUCCUCUCGGGCGGGUGAUGGUUGUUUGGUCCAGCUUCACUAUAAACACUCAGCACAGCGUUUCCCCCUGAUGAGGGCGAUGCGGAAUCGCCGGUAGACUGAACCCGUCCGGUCUGUGUGUUUACAGCGGCGUCAUGGAGGCGGGCUCGGUGGGCUCGGUGGAAGGGCGGCAGACAGCACUCCCUCUUUCUGCUCUGCGCCUUGUGGUGCCACCACUGCGACUAAUGUCUGCGUUUUUGUGGCAAGUGGUUCAACGGUGCAAUGUAACACAAUAUGGAAAGUUUGAGCAGUUUGUUAUGAUGGUGUCAGAAACGGUUCCAGACAUCAUGAGUCAGAACCUGGUUAAUAAACUGAUCUUCCACCUACGAAAAAAGGUGAUUAUAGAGCUUUGUCUUAAGGAUGAAACACCCGAUGUCUGGAUAAUUCAAGCACAUUUGGACACACUUCGCAAUCUUACUCUUAAUUGCAGAGAUGUGGAAAGUGAAAUCAUGAAUACUAAAUUCAUUAAGAUGAUUCAUAACAUUUUGGAGGACACAGUCAAAAGAGAGACCUUUAUUCAGAAUGUGUUUCCUGCUGAAUAUGGUGCUGGAUUUGAUGCAGUGUUGCAGAGCUUAGCAUGGGAGUUCCUGAGAAGAGUAGAUGAACUACUACCAGUACCAAACCUUAAAGAGACGGCCACGUGGUUAUGUGGUGGCCUGGCUGCAAUGGAGGAUAUUGUGCAGCCGCUCUCUGACCCAGCAGAACUAAGGGAUGUGCUACAGCACUUUACAACCAAGAGACAAAGCAACGUGAAUGCAUCCACCUAUUCAACAAAGGAUGUUGUUUGCUUUCCCCACUUGACUGGUGAUGGGUCAAUCUUGGCUUCUGCCUCCAUUAAACAGGAGCCCGUCUUUGAAGAGGAAGUCUCCCAUUCUUCAUCUGUUGCACAAGAGUCAAUCAUCAUUGCACAAGCAAUGUCUGAAAACCAGUCAGAGUCUGACCGUGCUGCCGCCACUAUAAUGAGCCCCGAACCCAGCGACACAGAGGAAGUGGAACCUUUGGUGGACAACAUCGCAGUAGCCACUACUGUUGGGGAUGAGGAUGAAUUACAAGAGGAAACAGUUUACCAAGAAAGCAAUGCAGAGGUUUGUGAAGUCCAGCAAAUUUACCUCACAGCAGAUGGCUCCACUGUAAUAGUUUCAGAACUUGACAACGGGGGAGAUGAGACCACACAGCUGCAGUUUCUUGAACAGUCAGAAGCAGAGCAGAGUCCUGAAAUAAGGGAAAUUAGUGUUGAGGAGUGGAUCUCAGAAAUGGCAGGAAGGGUAAUUUCACUUCCAUCCGUGUCCCCGUCAACUCCUGUGGAGGUGGUUGAAGAGGAGACAACAUAUGUCCCCAUCAUUGAAAGACCGCCGUCUAUAAAGACAAUCAUUAAUAGGAAAAGCGUACCCAUUCAGACAACUCCAGGUAGAAAGGUGUUGGCAGUGCCCUAUCAGGUGAAACAAGACGAAGCGAAAAGGAACCAUGUGUGUGUCGUGUGUAAGAAGGAGUUCCGUUACGAUUGCCAGCUGAAGAACCACAUGCGAACACACACAGGUGAAAAGCUGUUUCAGUGUUCGGAAUGUGGCAAAAGUUUCCGGUGUCUAAGUUUCUUAUCCAGUCACAUUAAAACGCACUCACUCACCAGACCCUUCAAAUGCAUGCUAUGCUCCAAAACCUUCCGCAAGAAAGCAGACCUCAUCAAGCACACUCGUGUUCAUACGGGUGAGAAACCAUACAAGUGCAACAUUUGCGGGAAGAGCUUUUCACAAGGCUCGUACCUGAAGAUCCAUCAGGAGUGCCAUACUUCUGAAAGCCUCCACCAGUGCCCACACUGCGACAAAUGCUUCCCCACCGCUUUCAAGCUCUCUGUCCAUAUUCGCUACCACUCCUUGGCACGCUCUUACCAGUGCAACGUGUGCGGCAAGAGCUUCAUCUACGCCAGCCUUCUGAAGAGGCACAAAGGGUAUCACGUUGGGGAUCGCAAGUACCUGUGCUCUGUGUGUGGCAAAUCCUUUGUGUACAUGUUUGAUUUGAAGAAACACCUGCGUAACCAUCAGAGACCCCGCAUGCAGAUCCCAUGCACCCUCUGUAACAAGACAUUCGCCGGACCCGAAAUGUUACGGUGCCACAUGCGCAUUCACACGGGUGAGCGUCCCUUUAGCUGCAAGGUGUGCGGCAAAGCAUUCUCCCAGAUUGGCAACAUGAAGAGGCACGAACGUGUGCACACAGGUGAGCGGCCUUUCACCUGCAAGGAGUGCGGUAAAACCUACAAGCACUCCUCUCACCUGAAGACACACAUGCUUAAUCACACAGGCGAGCGACCGUGGCAGUGCUCCCAGUGCGGCAAGAGCUUCAAGUUCGCUGCGCCACUCAGGAAACAUGAGCAGACUCACCUGGCUGAGCAAGGGGAGCGCAGGGGCUAUGACCACAUGCGCAAAAGAAGCGAAACCAAAACCACAUCAUGAUCAAUGAGAAUGAGCACUUUAUUUUUUCAACCUCUCUGAUUGAGCUGGAACUUCUGUUUUAGGCUCAGUAUUUUGUUUUGAAACCUGGAUAAACCUGAAACCAAUCUAAUAUGAGCAGUUGAUAUAGGUCACAAAGAGGAGAAAGAGUUUAAAAAGAGGUAGAGCAGAUAUUGGAAGAGAAAAUGCAAAUGUGUAGCAGUGCGUACACAGCAGAAUUCUCUGACUUUGUAAUCUCAUGUCCUAAAAAAUCUACUCUGUGAAGUAGUAAACAGAUCUUCAAGCAAAUCAAGUCUGACCAGUACAUCUAUAUACUUUAUUUGAGUCUCAAAUAACUCCCAUCUAACUAUGUAGUGCACCAUGUGAGUCAGGAAAACGCGGCUUCUACACUCAGACAGGGUUCUGUAUGUCUUAUAGAAAACCAUGAAUACUGAGCCUGAGAUAUCAUGACUCUAGUUAACAUUUUGUUAGAUUGUAGAUUCUGCAGUUUCUGGAAUCAGGCAGUGCACUAUAUACAGAUUAGUAUAUAGAGUAUAUAGAGUCAGGUGGGGUUUGCAUUUGUACAUGCAUGGAAUUUAUACAGUCAGAGAUAGUGGUGUGAGCCAGGUACUUAGCAAGUAAAUGCAUACGUGGUUCACGUACAACAGAAAUAGUAUUUUAUUAAAGAAUUCUGCAGAGAUUCUUUGUAAGAGAGUGCUAUUGUACAUAUCUGUAUUUUCAUACUUUCUUAUUUUUGACAUUCUGACCUGGGAGCACAUGCAACAGUUCUGUUAAAGUUAAGUUCUGUUAUGGUUAAAGAGGAACUUUUGCCACUAUCAACAUUACUAAAAGCAGUGAUUAGGAUCGCAAUACUAGACAUUCACAUUAUGCUUAAUAAUGGCUCAAUUGCUGGUAAAUAGGAGUAAACAUUUAUUUACACGUUAUGUCUGGAAUUCUGAACCCUUUUGGAAACUCGUUUUUUUUGAGUUGUUAAUUUUACAUUAUAAAUUGAAAUACCAAAUCCCAGGGUAUCUAAUUUGUUAAUAAGAAGUAAAUAUGGUUAUAUUUGAUUUAUGGUUACAAUAUGUUUUAUUCAAUAAAUAAUUGCAUCAAA